AUGGCUCGAGCUGCGCUUUUCGCGCUGUCCCUCGCGCUGCUUCUCGUGGCGGCGCGCGCAGGCAGCCCCAUCACAAGCUCCACUGCGAACGAGAAGCCCGACCCGAGCAGCAAGAAGGACGACGGGCUCAUGACGGAACUCCCCCCGGAUAUCGCGAAGCAGGCGGCAUCGGGCAACGCGGCUGGACUCACCUAUGUGGACACGUCGCAGGAUUCUUUCUUCAUGGCGGACGUGAAGAAGGCCGGGUGGAACGCGCAGAAAUGCCCGCCGGGUCUGAACAAGGAGCUUUCCGGUGCAUGCACUCCCAAGAAUUGCUCCAAGGGCGGCAUCGCCGCCAAGUGGAAGACGGCGUACCUGCAGAAGAACAAGCUCGGGUACGAGCUGUACGUUCCGGGUAACCCGCUCACGCUGCUCAAGGCGAACCCCGCGUCGUGCUGCAACACGUGCGCCGCGACGCCGGCGUGCACGUACUGGCAGUACAUUCCCGAUAUCACGAUCGACGGCAAGAAGGGCAAGGGCGCGUGCUACCUGAUCCACGAUCAGAUCGACUUCACGUGCGGCGAGAUGACGGCGCAGUACAACACGGAGACGAAGCCCGUGCCGCUGCAGGUGCGCAUCGGCGGCGAGUGCAACCCGAGCGCCAAGAUUCUCAACGACCCGCAUCUGGCCACAGGGCCUGAGAGCUUAGCAUGGGACCCCAGUGGGCGCGGGCCGUACGCAAGUGUGAGCGAUGGGCGGAUUGCAUUGCAACGCAUACCAUCUUUCCCCAUCUUGCCGCAACCAGCCCCUCCCUUUCCCAUCUCUUUCCCCUCCCAACCCAACCCCCUUCUUUUCUUUCCCUCUCGAGUCGCCAGGUACGUGGGUCAGGCCACAGGGCCUGAGAGCUUAGCAUGGGACCCGAGUGGGUACGUGGGUCAGGCCACUGGACCCGAGAGCUUAGCAUGGGACCCGAGUGGGCGAGGGCCGUACGCGAGUGUGAGCGACGGGCGCAUACUCAGGAGGAAGGCGGACGACAGUGACUGGGAGGAAUUCACUUAUGCUUCGCCUCACAGAACUUCGGCGUUGUGCAAUUCACGCACCGCAAAGCUCGCACUAGAGGACAAAUGCGGCCGGCCGGUGGGAAUGGCUUUCCACCCUACCACCGGGGACCUCUAUUUUGCUGACGCCUACUACGGGCUCUUCAAGGUGAGCAGCAGUGGCGGGCAGGCGACGAAGCUGGUGGAUGUGGUGGAUGGGACGCGCAUGAUGAUGUGCAACGACCUGGAUAUUGACGCUGACGCUAAUGUGGUCUACUUCAGUGACUCCAGCUCCAGAUGGGCCCGCAGGGACUUCCUCCCCCUGCUGCUGGAGGGGCGCAAGGACGGGCGGUUCAUGAAGUAUGAUAUCAGCGCGGGCACGACCACUGUGCUGGUGGACAAGGUCGCGUUCGCAAACGGCGUUGCGCUUUCGCAGGACAAGAAGUUUGUCGUCUUCUGUGAAACGACGUACCUCAGGUGUCACCGGUACUGGAUCCGAGGCCCCAAGACAGGGAAGAAGGAGCUGUUUGUGAAGCUGCCAGGCUAUCCUGACAACCUUAGCCUCAACCCCCGAGGAAGGUUCUGGAUCGCACUCAACUCGCGCAACUCGCUUGUAACAGCAUUACUUAUGCGGACUCCAAUAAUUCGAGGUGCAGUGCUGAAACAACAGGCUGGUCUUGGGAAUGCCGAGGCGGGGCUGACAAUGCGGUGGUCUAAGAAGUUCAAGGCCGUGCGAGAGAACCUUCCUCCUGCUAAGCUCUUCCCAAGGACGGACAGGAAGAAUCGACUCGCAAAAGCCACCAAGAGGUACGAGGGUGAGAUGACCGGCCCGGAGAGCAUUGCGUGGGACCCUAACGGCAAGGGCCCGUACGUGAGCUUCAGCGACGGGCGAAUCAUGCGACGCACGGACGACGACAGCGCCUGGGAGGAGUUCACGUAUGCUUCGCCGCUGCGAACUGACGCGAAAUGUAACUCGAGGAAAACCAGACCGGAGCUGGAAACCACCUGCGGGCGGCCGCUCGGCCUGGCAUUUCACCCCACUACCGGGGACCUCUAUUUCGCGGAUGGAUAUUUCGGCCUGUACAAAGUCAGCGCCGCGGGAGGGCAGGCGACGAAGCUCGUAUCCGAAGUCGACGGGAGGAAAUUCAUGAUGACAAAUGACCUAGAUAUUGACGUGGACGCAAAUGUCGUGUAUUUCACGGACGGCAGCUCCCGCUGGUACCGGCGAGAUUUUCUGCCGCUGACGCUGGAAGGCCGGAAGGACGGACGGUUCAUGAAGUACGACAUCGCGAGCGGCGUGACGACGGUGAUUGACGAAAAGGUGGCGUUCGCUAACGGCGUGGCAAUUUCGCAGGAUAAGACGUUCGUGGUGUACUGCGAAACGACCUACCUCAGGUGCCACCGUUAUUGGAUUCGUGGACCAAACACCGGGAAAAAGGAGGUGUUUGUGAAUUUGCCCGGGUACCCUGACAACCUCAGUCUCAACCCCAGAGGAAGGUUCUGGAUCGCACUCAACUCGAGAAGGUCACCAACAGCAACUGUUGCAUCCCAAACCCCUCUCCUCCGGGAGACAUUUGUGGAAAACAAGCUCGGAUACAAGAUUGUGAAGGCCACACAGGACCAGAGGGCCAGUGGCAUUGUGGUGGAGGUAGAUGCGGAUGGCAAAAUCACCAACCUGCUGGAGGACAAGAACUGCAAGGUGGUGAAGGAUGUGAGCGAGAUCGUGGAGCACGAUGGGAAACUGUGGUUGGGCUCAGUUAUUGAGGACUACAUUGCUACCCUUCCAUGGCCGCAGUAG